UGGUUUCACACAUUAGGAUGGAAAUACGGGGACAUUUUGGUGUUGUAAAUGGAAAUCUGUCCGCUGUUUUGAACAGUGUUUAGAUAUUGUCGGGAACGGAAAUAGCUUCAGGGCAGAUUUUGUUCGUCGACGCUCUGUAACAUGUCGUCAGGAGUAGCUGGAAAUACGGGCGCUGAAUUCAAAGCUGACUCCGUCUCGGGUUAAGGUAGUUUUCCUCCCGGGUUUGGAGGACUGCAAGCGUGUUAUGUAAAAAAUAUCUUCCUCAUGCUGGUUAGCCAUGGACGGGUGGAGCGCCAUCGUCGCUUCUGAUAGUAGCGGGUCUGGCUCCGAGGUUGCCCGUGGAGCUGUGGGUGAGAUACGUGUGGAGCAGGGACUAGUGCAGCCGGGGGAGGCGGAGAGGACGGAGGACGUGGGGAGCCCCGCUGUGGGGUUUGGGAUCAGUGACAUAGGGGAGGGGAAAGUGGUUCUGGGUCGAGUCGGACCCAGAGACGACAAAGAGCUCAGGUACCUGCACAUGUUAUGGGACCCGGGGCGGCGCGAGGCCGACGCGGCGGGAGUGACGAGCAGGCUGGGGAAGGUAACCGCGAGCAGGGCCAGGAGACAGCACCGAGCCGCGCGGACACUGGGACCCAUUGGGAAGGAUAUUUACGCUGCAAAAAGACUGAGGGAUGCAGCCAACAGCAAUGACAUGGACACAGUGCGAAAGCUCCUGGAGGAGGAUGUAGACCCCUGUGCUGCAGACGACAAGGGAAGAACCGCUCUUCAUUUCUCCUCCUGCAACGGCAACAACAGCAUUGUGCAACUUUUGCUGAGCUUUGGUGCCGACCCCAACCAGCGAGACAGUCUGGGGAACACCCCUCUUCAUCUGGCGGCCUGUACCAACCAUGUGCCUGUAAUUACCACAUUGCUGAGGGGAGGGGCUAGAGUGGACGCCCUCGACCGAGCGGGCAGGACCCCGCUGCAUCUAGCUCGUUCUAAGCUGAACAUUUUGCAGGAGGGAGCUUCACGCAGCCUAGAAACCCUGAGGGGGGAAGUCACCCAGAUCAUCCAGAUGCUUCGAGAGUACCUGAACCUGAUGGGGCAGAGUGAAGCUCGAGAGAGGCUGGAGCAUAUUUCAACACAGCUGCAGCACACACGCACCAAAGAGCAGGUGGAUGAAGUAACUGAUUUGCUGGCUAGCUUUACAUCCCUCAGUCUCCAAAAACAGAAUUUCGGUGACAGGUAGAGGAGGAUGGCCUUCUCAGGUCCUUAAAAAAAUUGUCUUCAGGCAAGAAUUGAAGUUUAAUGCUAAAAGGAUCGGUCUCAAACACAAACCUCAAGCCCUGCUGUGUUCUACACCUCUAAUGAAGUUAAGCCACCAUUUAUAGAAAUCUGCUGUGCUUGGUACCACAUUUGCUUUUUUUGUUAAAAUAUUUGGCUUCAAAUCUAAAGGUAUUAGGAAAAAGUGCUUUGUUUGUUGACUUUUGUUUUGAAUGCAGAUGUUCUGUUAAAGAGCAACAAUGGAAGUGGAGCUCACAGAACAUUAAUACGCCCUUACAUGUUUGCAUGAGAAUAGUAUUGAAUGUUUUCUCAUAAAUCCUGUUUUUUCUUGCCUUUAAUUGUAAAGUUCUGGAUUAAUUUGGGAAAUAAUUAUUGAAAAGUUUUCUAAGGAUUUUUAAGUUUUGAUAUAUUAUAAAAUGUCUUUUUUGUUUUCUUUUUAAUGUGCUUGUUUGUAUGUGGAUUCUGUUGUAAAGUAAUAUGAAUUUUGCUGUUAUUUGAAAUUAUUGUGAACGAAUAAAUAGCUUUAGUUCUAUUAGUGCCAAAUUAUCGUUGAUGCUGCUUGUGUUGGUCCGUGUAUGUCAAAUAAAUGUAUUUUUAAAAAAGUCAA